AUGGAUCUUCACAUGCCCAUGUGUCCUAUUGUUUCUCGGAGGUCAGAGACACGAUACUAUUUGGUCAGAGUGUUGAUUCCAUUAUUUGUCUUCACAUCACUUGUAAUGCUGGCUUAUAUUAUAUUCUUUGGGAAGAAGACAUCACGAACAACAUACUCAAUUUUGCUGUCUUUUGGUAAGAAAUUCCCUAGAGUUGCCUACAGUGAUCUAGCUCAAGCUACAGGGAAGUUCUCAGAGUUAAACCUUAUCGAAAGAGGAAGCUAUGGUUCAGUGUAUAGAGGAACGUUAACUCAAGCAAAAAUACAAGUGGCUAUUAAGGUUUUUGACCUUGAGAUGAAAUGUGCAGACAAAAGUUUUGUAACAGAAUGUGAGGUUUUCAGUAGAAUUCGGCACCGGAACCUUGUACCUGUCCUAACUGCAUGUUCAACAGUAGACAAUAAAGGUGACACUUUCAAGGCUCUAAUUUAUGAAUUCAUGCCUAAAGGGAAUUUGGACACAUGUUUGCAUCACAAAAUUUUGAGUAGUUCUUCGAAAUGUUUGAGCUUAUCUCAAAGGGCAACCAUAGCUACUGGUAUAGCCAAUGCAUUGGCUUAUUUACACAAUGAUUGUGAAAGGCAGAUUGUACAUUGUGAUUUGAAGCCAAUAAAUAUCCUUCUUGACGAUGAUAUGAAUGCUUAUUUGGGAGACUUCGGCAUUGCAGGCCUCAUCGGGCAUUCAAGCUUAGCUACCUCAACUAGGCUGAAGGGAACGAUGGGCUAA